UGUUUCGCAAUGGUGAAUGACACCGCGGUAAUGUCGGACGCCAACACACCUCCGACUGUCCCCGAGGACUGUCUCCAAUGUCGUUUGGUCCACAUUGGUGUAUUUGCCGCAGCAGGCGCAUGGACGUUCUUCCAGCGCACACAGGUGCCCAAAACAGCCACAACGUCGCGUGCCACCCUGGCUGUCGUUGGAACAGGUUUGUUCGCUCUGAGCGCCACUCGCGCCUUCAUCCCACUAAACCAAAGCGCGACACCAGCACCGUCACCAGCCUCAUCCAGUCCACCGUCGUCAUCAGCCUGACCUGUUAACGCAAUGUUCUAUUCAACAACCAAAGUACAAAGCCUAAACCAAACCAAAACCACCGCAGAUUUGAAACAAACGAGAAUAACAAUGCUAUAUUUUCAAAGCGCGAUUCGAGAGGGUUGGUGACACUCACAAGAGAAA